AUGUAUAUCUCUUAGAAGUUUGGUCUCUGCAAAUCCGAAAUUACCCGACCCCUGAUCCUGAAACAUUGAAAUCUCUAAUAGAUUCUAGUUUCUGAUACAUGCGCAAAAGACACAAUGAGAGGUGAAAGCUAGCAAAUGUUGGUAAAGCUAGCAAAACUUGUGAGUUCUAUCUUUUAUUUUAUCCCAAAAAAAUAUACCAAAUAGGGAGCCUAGUGCCUUUCUCCUGAAGGGUACAAACUUUUCUUCUUCUCGGCACGAGAUGCUAAUUCCCAAAUCACGCCACCUGAAACUCAAACAAGCUAAUGAAAUGUUGUCAAUAUUUGAUAAAUUACGUUUAAUAGUUUAUAGCCUACUCACACGGGCUUUUUAGGUUCGAUGAUGUAGCUUAGGUCUACAGAUAGAUGAGGUGAGAGAAAACGAGGAUGAAAAGGGAACGAGAAAACGGCUUGACUUCGUUAUCUCAAUCAUUAUCAGUUCUUCCCUCUUGUUUAUUGAUUUUUGCUGAGUUACAGAGAUGGCUGAAAUUCGGGCUUCUAAAGCUCAAUCAAUUGAGUGUAGUAAAAUCAAAAUCAAAGUUGUCACUCUGGCCAAUCACAAAGGACGCAGUCAAUCCACUGAACCAAUUAAAACUCGAAGCAAGCACGUGUAGUUGGCGCGGAGCGCGGGAAAACGUGCGAGCGACUCACGAUUGGUUUGGUGUUACUUCUGAUUGGCUGACAAAGUGGCGCGAGUUUUUUAAGCCAAUCGCGUAGCGUAGAAAUGCAAAAGCAAUGCAAUUGCAAAUUACUUUCGGCUCUCAAGUAGCCGCUCAAGUGAAAACAGCUAAGUGGCGUCAGUGUAGUGGAACCUUUACUUUGAGACACCUCGGCUACACAAGCCUUUGUGCCGGCAAAAUGUACACUCAUAAAUUGUUCUAUUAUUCCACUGUUACGCCAUUUUACUAUUUUAGGCCAAGAGAGUAUAAGACAACUCGCAAAAUAUGAGCCCAUAUUGCACUGUAGAGUCGCAAAAUAUGAGCCCAUGUCGUACUGUAGAGUGGCAAAGUAUGAGCCCAUAUUGCACUGUAGAGUCGUAUUUUGUUUUCGUCAUUGCUCAUAUUUUUCUCGUUUUCCUACUCAACUCGCAAAGUAUCCUCGUAUAUUAUGUAGUGUACAAGUGUUUUGUCUCCUUAAUUGGAGGUUCCACUCCACUGUACAAGGUAACGUGUUUGACCUUCUUUGGUAACGAACUGGGUAUGUCUUAAUAAGGAAGUCGAAGUUUGUUUGUAAGGUAUCUUUAAAAUUCGGAAGAGCGAAUUCAAUAAUUCAUACUGUCAGGUGAAAAGGAAAUCUUACAGAAGCAAAGAAAAACGAUACGUAGAUAAGAAAAGAAACUGGUUUCCUAACGCUGAACAAAGGGAUAAGUUAACUGGGCAUGAUUGGGCGAAAACUCCAUCAAUAACUAAUUCCUGUUUAAUUUCAACAUGUGUUUUGCUUAAGUAACUGUAGUUACUUAAUUAACACCUUACAUUUGGCUUUCUGUCAGUAUCUGUAGACACCUUUUGAUUUCGACUCUGUGAUUCUGUUUUCCUCCAGUGAUAUUAAUCUUCGUUUUGAACAAUGGGUAAAAGAGACAGUCACUGCAAUAUUGGGCUUACAUAGGUGGUUUAAAAACCCGGUCGUCUGUACUCGAAAUUGUGAUAAAUGGCAACGCACAGUUUGAUGAAAAGGAAAGAAUGGAGACUUAGCAAUUCGUUCCUCUUACUGGAGUUGCCAACUAAUAGCGAUUUCCAGUCGAAAGAACUACUGUUUCUUCACAUAUGAGCGAAGCUGAGUUUUUCCACAGCGAGGCAAUCUCAUUUUCUGUCAUUGCGUUACCUAAUCCCUAAAAUGACAAUUAGAAAGAUAUUGACCUCAAUAGGAGUGCGUCUUGAUUUCGUUCACACCCACAAACAUAAGCUUACACCGUUCCAGCAUUCAUUCUUCGUAUUAAUUGCAAAAUCUACACCAAUCGCACCAAAUUCCCGAGGUAAACAAAUAUACUAUCUUCUACGAUCUGUUGUUUUGCUCAAGAUAAGCAGGGAUUGCUUAAAUCAAACCGUUUCGAAUAGAGUAAGAUGCGUUCUUUAAAAGCAGAUAUCAAAUUACAAGCAUCGCUUUGGUACGGUUUCUAGACGCGCUUUUCUAGGGUUGACAAGUACUACACUAUAAUUGUCGGAGCUGUCUGGAAUCUUUUUAAACCCUCCAAAACAACACAGUUUUUCGAUUAUAGCUUCGAAAAGUCAGUUUCAAACUUGCUCUCUUGACGGUGCCCAGUGUAAACAAAACCUUUGAACAAAGAUUCCUUUGUUCAUGAGCUGUCGCAUCUGUCACCUGAGGUAAAUAUAACUGAUGACGUGGUAUGCGCUCAUUGGCCGGAGGUAAAUCUUUGGCUAAUUUGUUCGCGUGGCGACUCGGCGUGGCGGGCUGCAGCUGAAGGGACGCCAAAAAACUGUACGUUGUUCUUUUCAUGCCUUUUAACGAAUAUAAACAAUCCACACGACGGAAAUUUUAAUUGUCUAGCGCUAUCGAUUGGAGUUUGGAAUAAUCGAUUGUUGUUCUUGUUACGGUCAGCUAAGAUGUGCAACACUUGCUUUAAAAGUAUUUGAGCCUGAGGGAAGACUGAAAAACAUUGCGGUUCGAGAACUAGUGACGGAGCGACGCCAUCACUACGCAACCUUUUACUACGUCGAAUUUCUCUCUCGGAUACCUUGGUGAUGGAGUUUUGUGAAUGGGAUCGAGUUUAACGGAGGAAGAGCUAGGUUUCAAAUCAAAGUAAGCGUGGAAUAAGGACCUGGUUAAAGGAAAGUGUAACUGGCUAACUUGUAUUGCACCCGAAUUUGGAAUUGUUAAUAUGAGUGUUGAUCGUGACGCGGGUGCGGGACGCGUUAAAACCGACGUGAGGAGAAAUCUCUUUGGUACAGUGGACCACGAUCACGAACAGAUCCGAGAUGAUUUAAACCGAGAGAUGAAUCGCAUCUUGGAGGAGAAGAAACGCAAAUGGAACUUCGACUUUGAAAAUUUUCAACCUCUCCCGGGGCGAUACAAAUGGGAACGAGUCGGCAAGAGGUUACAAACUCGUAAAUCGUCAACGGAAAGUGCAACAGCAUGUGCGACCUCUGAUUCCGCCGAAAAUGUAUGUCGACAAAUAAGUGUGGAUACUGCGCAGUCAUCUACCAGAUAUAAUUUAAGAACUAGAGAUCGAAUACUGGAAAAUAUCGAAGUGUGUGACUUUAAACCGAUAGAACCCGCGCGAAAACGCUUGCGGGUGCUUGGAGCAACACCGGUCGAAAACAGAGACAGCACAGGGCAAUGUGCGAAACAGAGGAAUGCUAGGGGUAGAAGAGCAAAAUCUACAAUAGUGCGGUCUAAUGUCGAACGAAGGUCCAAACGGCCACCUCUAGAAUCGAAGAGAGCUCGUCGUUAAGACUUGAUUCAAAUUAUUACCUAUCGUCUUUGGUAACAUUAUUUCGCAAUUUUACUGCGUUGAGUCUUCGCUUGUUGCUAAUUUGCAAUUAAAACAAGGAACAAUUUUUAAUUUGCCUUCACGGCGUCGGGCGACAUCAGACAAAUUUAUGUAGAAGUUAGUACUUUGAGAACAUUUCCGCUUCAAAUUAUAGUUAGCAAACAAGUAUGAAGGGGAAAACUGUCUUAUUUACAGCAGAGGAACAGAAUUUUUCCGUUCUCUGUGAGUGUGUUAGGAUACGACUUCAUGUUGAAGUCCAUCAGCAUCGAUUUGAGUUGAGUUUUGGCAAAUUUUUUUGGAUAGCGUCUAUUUCUACGCUUGAAAGAGCACGGAAAUUGAAAGACGCCGUACUCACGAAAAAACUCAAAUAAUCGAUUAAAAAGCUUACUUUGCAAAUAAGAGAACUGAAAUCAGAGUUUACAUUAGAUUUACUUCGCUCGAUGUUCUUUUUUCUGCCAUUUCAUGUUGAAAAUGGCAGUCGAUUUUGGCUUGAUAUUGUGGAGCCACUAAUCAGGUGAUUUUCGACGGAUGCGCUCAUUUUGCGGCAAAAUUAACGAUGUUAUCGAACUUUCAUUGUCACAAAACAAUGAAAAUUCUGUUGCGAUAUUUUAUACAUAGCAAUUGACGAAAACGUACAAUCAAGUUUUAGUAGGAUUCUCUACUACAAAUGAACUACAGAGGAACAAUCUAAUGAAUUUUCCAUCUGUGAUACCUGAUCGAUAGUUCUCUUUGUACAUUGCAUGUACGUUUGACAACUAAUUGACAGCGAGAGUAACAAGAUUACACUCGGCAAAUGGGCAAUCAAUAACUUCUAGAUUGACACUAGGAAUACUGUGCUUCAAAUAUAAACAACGUUGAAUAAAGGUAGAGUACAGAUUAAAAUUAAUUCAUAUCAGCUCUGUUGUUUAAUAAUAUUGUCCGAACCCGCCUGUCAGCGAAGCAGAUAAGAAGAUAGGAUAAAAUUCAAACUAAAAAUAAAAUUCUUUUGUUUUGAAAA